UACACCGACACCACUCUCCACACCUCCACCCUCUCCAGAGAUUAGUUUUGCGAUAAAUACCACGGGAAUGUUAUUGCAAAACCUUCUCAUUGGCUCAGAAGUCAGAGACCCCCGUCAUAUAAAGAGGAGAGUGGUCGCUCCGAGCAGCCUUUCCCUGCUGGCAAGCGCUCAGGAUCAAGUGAAGGCACGUUUUUACGCACAAGCGCGCGUCGGGAGGCUGUGGACAAAGCGCACGGAGGAGAUCCAUUUGUCGGAGGAAAAACGGAGUCCUGCUGUCAACAGACGAGCUGUUAGCUGAGGCAUCUGAGUGGGCAUGUGGCUGAUAGAGAAGCUCCGUGGAUCUGUGGACAGCAGUGGGAAACAAUCUCAACCAACCACACACACCGUAGAGGCCAUUCCUGUCUCUGUGUACGCCAAUGUCCUCACACCAGACAAGAUCCCUGAUUUCUUCAUACCCCCCAAACUCAUUUGUUGCCCUCCAGAAGAUUCUGUUGCCGUGGAAACUCAGCCCGGCUCCACCCUAAGACCCUCCUCCUCUGAUCAUGCCAUCUGUAGCCAGAGCCCCAGAGCCCGCAGAAGCAAGAACCCCUGCAGUCCUCGUCUGUUUUCCCGUCUAAGUGGUGACGCCCGCAAUCUCCAGAAGUCUGCCAACCGUCACAUCAUCCAGAUAGAGAGUGCAGAUGAGCCGGGUUCCGGAUCUACGGACAAAGUCAGUAUUAACGUCAACACUAAUGCGGACCCCCAGUCUCAGACUGCAAUGUCUCUGCCGUAUGUCCCCAAGGCUCAGACCUCCUAUGGCUUUUCCACACUGGUGGAGUCUCCUCACACCAGACGCAAGGAGAGCCUGUUCCACAGCAACCCCAGCAGCCCACUCACCUCCCCGAACUCACAGAGACGCUCCCAAGGGGGGGCGCUACUGGCCCCUGCUGACCCCAACCCAUAUCGCUACUUCAGUGGUGGAGAGAGUGACACCUGCUCCUCAGCAGAGUCCUCCCCGUUCAACUCCCCCCUCCUGUCCCGCUCUGUCUCCCUUUUACGAUCCAUCACUCAGGAGACACAAGCAAAGGUGUCUCAUGCCAAGCGCUCCCUGGCGCGCCACAGUUCUCUCUCCACUGAUGAAUGCAGCUCGGCAGACAACAGCCCCAACACUCAGCGCCGUCGCAUGCGCUGCCCACGGUCUCCUGCCUUCCGGGGAUGUAAAAGCAGUGGGCUCAGGGGCACUGGAGCAAACCUCCUGCAGAGUGAGCACACCAUCAAGCUCCACAAGGGGGGGACAGUGAGGCUGGGCACCCACUAUGACGCAGAGGCAGCCCGGCUGAGGGUGCGAGUGCUGGCGGCCGAGUCCCUUUAUGACAGGCAGACAGACCUGAAGAGCAUCAACUGCUGCGUGGCCCUGUACCUGAACCCAGGCAAGCAGCAGAAACAGAGGAGCACCAUCAUCAAGAACAGCAGGAACCCCGUUUUUAACGAAGACUUUUUUUUCGACGCGGUGCCUAAAGCACAAGUGAAGAGUAUGUCCAUGAAGAUUAAAGUAGUGAACAAAGGAACCAGUCUAAAGAGAGAUGUUCUUCUCGGAGAGAGACAGGUGUUGCUCAGUGAGUUGCUGGAGGGCAACUAGACAGCUGUGUUCAAGUCAAUGGUGGAAAAAGAAAAAACACAUACACACACACACACAGCUCCUCAACGUGAGCAUGUUCUCAUUGUGUUUCAGGUUAAACAGUAAUUUGCAGAAGCAUGCUGAAAACAAGGAGGCUACAGUAUGUCUUGCGCACUGUGUUAUUAAAAUCAAUAGACAAAUAACAUAGAAACUCGGCACAAAUAUUGCCCACUUUAUCAAGCUGCCGUGUUUAUUUCAGAGGUCAGUGGAGUUCAGACAAAUCCCAAAUUAUUGACACUCUUCUGAAUGUUUCCUGUGGAUCUGUGGUCCAUGUUUGUGUAUUCCUCUAUUAGUAUUGAGUUACACGUUGUGUUACAUCCUCUGAAGAGCAUUGUGAUGUGGCACAAUUUCAUAUAUCCCAUAAUGCCAUUGUUAACCCAUGUGCGCCGAAGAUGGUAUUUUUGUAAUAAUGGAGUAACGUAAGCUAUUGCACGUUCAUGUGGUUGAAAGUGAAUUAUUUUUAAACGUUGGCAAGAGUUUAUAUUUGAGAACCAAAUGUUAUUGCUUGUGGAUGUAAACCUGAUAUGAAAUGUUGUAUGACAUCUCCUCGAACAUGCAAAUAAAACUACAAACUCACACUGUCGCCUUUGUUAGCGUUUA